UACGACAGCGAAACCUUCGCUGAAGCCAGGCAAACACAGCACAUCUCUCAGUGGCUUUGUGUAUUUAGGACUGGCAACACAAUUCUCCCUCUCUCGCUGCUAUAGGCGAGCAAAUUAGCACUGAGAAACUUAGAGAAGAGAGGAUCUCAGUUGCGAGACCUUUCACAGAACCAGUAAUGGCCUGGAUCAGCAAUACCUCCUGGUUCAAUCCCCUUGCUCUACAGGAACAUUUUAGGAGAUUCUUAAACAGCACYGAGGAUUACUUAACCUUCCUGUGUGGGCCCAGACGGAGCCAUCUGUUCCUGCCCAUGGCUUUGGUCUACUCUCUGAUCUUUGUUGUUGGUGUGGUAGGAAACUUCCUAGUUUGCCUGGUAAUCAUCAAGCACCGGAACAUGAAGACCCCAACUAACUACUACCUCUUCAGCCUYGCUGUCUCAGACUUGCUGGUGUUGCUUUUCGGGAUGCCCCUUGAAGUCUACGAGAUGUGGAGCAACUACCCCUUUCUGUUUGGGCUCGUGGGCUGCUAUUUCAAGACAGCACUCUUCGAGACGGUCUGCUUUGCCUCCAUCCUCAGCGUGACCACAGUCAGCGUGGAGAGAUACGUUGCCAUCCUCCACCCACUCCGCGCCAAGCUAGAGAGCACUCGCAAGCGCGCGCUAAGGACCAUCGUUGUGCUGUGGGUGCUGUCUGUCCUCUUUGCUCUCCCCAACACAAGCACCCAUGGCAUCAUGUUGCAGUAUUUCCCAAAUGGCAGCCUGGUACCUGGCUCUGCUACCUGCACUGUGGUCAGGCCCAUGUGGAUCUACAACUGUAUUGUCCAGAUUACUUCCUUUCUCUUCUAUGUUCUGCCUAUGGGGAUCAUAAGUGUGCUGUACUAUCUGAUGGGGCUAAGAUUGAAAGGUGACAAAUCUUUGGAAGUGGAGGAAAUGGCUGUGAAUGUUCAGAAACCAUCCAGAAAAUCAGUCACCAAGAUGCUAUUUGUCCUCGUGAUGGUUUUUGCUAUUUGCUGGGCUCCAUUCCAUAUAGAUCGGCUCUUCUUUAGCUUUGUUAUGGAAUGGACUGAGCCUCUGGCUAACGUAUUCAACUUAAUCCAUGUGGUAUCAGGUGUUUUCUUCUAUCUGAGCUCUGCUGUGAAUCCCAUCAUUUACAAUCUCUUGUCCCAGCGCUUCAGGAUGGCUUUCCUCUGUGUGAUCUCUCCUCACUGCAAGCACUGUGCCCCUAGACAUCCCACCAGCAAGAUUCCCACCCAGCAGAGCAUCUUUAUGGUUGAGGACCACAAUCUGGCAGACUCAGCUGAAGACACGAGUCUCCCUGGCACCUACAGGACCUCUCUCAGCAGUUCUCAGCUCUCCACUGGCCUGUGA